CAAUUCCAUCUUAUUUAGAGCUCUCCUUUCUCCAUGGCUACUGAAUCAAAUCACUUCUUCUUUGCAUUUCUCAUCUUCGGGCUGCUUGUAACUAUCUCUCUUGAUUUCACAGUUGCGGAGAUCGGAGUUUGCUACGGACGAAACGGCAACAACCUCCUCUCGCCGGCGCAAGUGGUGAAUCUCUACAAGCGCCACAACAUCAAAAAAAUGCGUACCUACGACCCGGACAACGCAAUCCUCGACGCCCUCCGCGGCUCGGGCAUCGAGCUCACCGUCGCAAUCACCAACCAAUUCAUCCAGCGCCUCGCCGUCGAUGCCAACAACGCCAACGACUGGGUCCGCGACCACGUCCUCAACUACCCCGACGUCAAUCUCAAGUCCAUCUCCGUCGGCAACGAGGUCAGCCCCGCCGACGCCACCACGUCACGCUACGCGCGCUUUGUCCUCCCUGCGAUGCGCAACGUCUACAGAGCCAUCUUCCGCGCCCGACGCGAUGGCCAGGUCAAGGUCACCACCACCGUCGGCAUGAGCACCCUCGGCAACUCGUUUCCGCCGGAGGACGGCGUGUUCCGUGAUGACGUGGCGCCGUACCUGAGACCGAUUUUGUCGUUCAUGAUGAACACCGGCUCGCCUUUCAUGGUGAAUGCGUAUCCUUACUUUGCCUAUGUCGCUAGUAAAGGGCAGAUCGAUCUCGGAUACGCACUGCUGGAGCCAGGUCAUGGGAUUCAGGUAAACGGAGUCUAUUAUGCCAAUCUUUACUAUGCGAUGGUCGAUGCUGUAUAUGCGGCGAUUGACAGGAUGGUCAAUCCUUCGCUACAUUCAACUGGUGGUAUGCAUAACCGUACAUCCGAAAAGAAGGCGGGGCGUAGGGGCGGCCGGGCAGGGCCGAAAGUAGUGGUGACGGAGAGCGGACAUCCCUCAAGCGGUGGCACAUCGGCAAACUUGGUUAAUGCCAAAACUUUUAAUGAGAAUUUGCUUGGUGUUGUGGAUAAUGGGACACCGAGACAUCCUGGGCCUAUAGAGACGUACAUAUUUGCUCUGUUUGAUGAAAAUUUGAAGCCCGGGGCUGAGACAGAGAGGAAUUUUGGGCUUUUUUAUCCAAACGGCCAGUCCAAAUAUGACAUGAAUUUCAACUAGUUUUUGUUUUAUGAGGCCCAUGUGCAUGCCAUGGAGCAGUAUCCGGCUUGUCCUCCUAUCGAUGUAUUCGAUCCAACAAGGAUAACUGAUGAAACCAUAAUUUAGAUUGUAUAAUGGAGGUUUAGGAAUA